AUGGACUCAGAAACCGAAUUCGACACCGACAUCAUGAUCCUAGACUACGUCUGCAGCAAAGCAACACACGCGCUCUUGCUGACGCGUAUCGCGGAACUUAGUAAUAGACCAGCAUAUGCAGACAUUGAGAUUUUUUAUAUAUUCGACACAUGGCACCACCUCACAACCCACAAACACGGCGCCACGCGCCAACUUUCGCGUGAUAUUGAGGCAAAACUGCGAUUGAUAUCAUUUACAGCCCAUGUCUACUCCAGAGCGCGGAAAUGUAAAUGGCGAAGAAACCAUAGCAAAUCCAAUGAAACCCAAGGAGGGGACACACUGUCGAAUACAGCCUACAUGACCAUGCUCGAGAUCCUGCGUGUUCCGCGAGAGGAGCAGUUAGAUGAUAAAUUUCAGGUUUGGUCGUUGAUGGAAUUGUUUCCCGACUUUCUGGAGCUAUGCUCUGCGAUGAGCAUUACAGAGGAUGAAAGGGGUCUGAUUGAGGUAUUGGGCAAAUAUCUCAUUCAGGCAGUCCUCGAGCAAUACACGCUCUUCGGAAAAACGGCAACCGAAGCAAUCAGUGAUGCACAUUCACUCAUCUCAUCACAUCAACACACAGAUAAAACCAGAGCGACGAAAUGGCUCUCAGAAAUCCAAUCAUCACACUUCGCCAUCCUCCUCCCAACCGCAACAGCGAGUCAACCAGGCGAGUCGCACGAAACGCAUCUCAACUGUCUUGCGCAAGAAUUCCCGGCCUUUGAUUUCGAGGCCAUGCUUGUGAUGAGAUUGCAGGCUUUCCUGUUUGGGCUUGAGACGCCUGUGCUAGUGAAGCUCGAGACGGGGGAGAUGGAUUUGUAUAACCAAAAUUACGACGAUACCGACAACGACAACGGCGGGGAAUGA